AUGGCUCAGAAGGACAAAGAGAUGAUCAGCCCCCAAUCCAGCCAGAACCUGGGAGUUAAGAUGCAGCCGGAAUCUGAACAGCUCCCCCAAAUGCAGCAGGAACUGGAGAGGUGUCCCAGCUCGGUGUGUGAAGUGGCCAUGAGGACUGAAACAGACGUGAUGUCUGAGUCUGACGCAGCGGCCACCACCUCUGUGGAAGUGCCUGAAGAUCCCGGAGCCAACUUGUUCCCGCCACCUCUACCCCAGCCCCGGAUCUGUAUGUGGAAAUACCUGGACCUCCAUUCUAUGCACAGACUGGAGAAGGCAGCCACUGUGGAAGAGAUGAGAGAGUAUGGGGUGCUAGCUGAGCUCCUGGAGCUUGGCUAUCCUGAACAGAGCCUACGGGAUGCUGUUAUCUUGGACCUCUUUUCCUAUGCACUCAUCUUCUGCCGCGAGCAGGGCUUUUCACUAGAGCAGACCUCAGCAGCUUGUGCCUUGCUCCAAGAUCUUCACAAGGCCUGUAUUGCCACCCCUUUGGGCAAUGUGGAGGAAUGUUACCGCUACUUUACCAGCGUUCUCUUUUGCCAUGGAGUCAGGCGGCCUCCGUUCAGCAUCGACCUCUUUAAGGAGGAACAGCUGCUGGCACUGGCAGACUAUGUGGUCAACACCUACUUCCGCCACUUCAAGCUCUACAAAUACGUCUUCACACCCCAGGUUCGGCUGGACCUAUCUUUGACUUACAUGGGGCUACAGCUACCUAAGUCAGAGGAGAAAGAGGGCGAGGAGGCAGUGGAACAAGCAGCUACUCCACAGGAGCAAGAACCAGAGACUGAGAUCCAGCCAGAGCAACAGCCAAGCGAGGUGUGCAUCCUUCAAACCUACAUCAAGACACAGCUGAGCAAGGAGCUGAGGCAGCUGCAGCAGCUGGUGGAGGAGCGGCUCAAGGAGAGCGAGGAAAGACUGAGCAGCAAACUGGCUGCCCUGGAGCGGCCCUACCAGCCACCUCCCAGCAAAGGCAAGACCAAGACCAAGUGAUCCCCAACAUCUUCUCCAAUAAAGACCUGGGCCAGAGCAUCCCAUCCCCCACCUUCAUGAGCACCUUCUGUGCUCCCCGAUGCAACCAGACAGCGGACACGGGCACCGGCUCUCCCAGGCUUGUAGCAGUUUUAUUUCAGAUGCAGCACAGACAGCGAUGACCAGGCCUGGCACAACUCUGGAAGAGGUUCCCUUCCAUCUCAGUGAGCCCCAUCUCCAAGUCCAGGAUAAGUAGUAGUGGUAGCAGUCCAGUGAUAGCAGUGGUAGGCUUGGCAAGGCAGGGCUCAGGUCUGAGUCCCAACAGUCUGGAAUGAUAAAAAAAAAAAAAAAAAAAAAAAAUCUCCUCCUGGA